AUGGACAGCCAGGGACGGAAAGUGGUUGUUUGUGACAACGGCACCGGAUUUGUCAAGUGUGGCUAUGCUGGCUCCAACUUCCCAGAGCACAUCUUCCCCGCCUUAGUGGGCAGGCCCAUCAUCCGCUCCACAGCCAAAGUGGGAAAUAUUGAAAUCAAGGAUUUGAUGGUGGGGGACGAGGCCAGUGAGCUGCGCUCCAUGCUGGAGGUCAACUACCCCAUGGAGAACGGUAUCGUGCGCAACUGGGACGACAUGAAGCACCUGUGGGACUACACCUUCGGUCCCGAGAAGCUCAACAUCGACUCACGCAACUGCAAGAUCCUGCUCACCGAACCUCCAAUGAAUCCUACCAAGAACCGGGAGAAGAUCAUAGAGGUAAUGUUCGAGACGUACCAGUUUUCAGGUGUCUACAUUGCUAUUCAAGCCGUGCUGACGCUGUACGCUCAAGGCCUUCUGACUGGCGUGGUGGUGGACUCCGGUGAUGGCGUGACGCACAUCUGUCCUGUGUAUGAAGGAUUCAGCUUGCCCCACCUGACCAGACGUUUGGACAUCGCCGGGCGGGACAUCACCCGCUAUCUCAUCAAGUUGCUGCUGCUACGAGGCUACGCCUUCAACCAUUCGGCCGACUUUGAGACUGUACGCAUGAUGAAGGAGAAGCUGUGCUAUGUAGGAUACAACAUCGAGCAGGAGCAGAAGCUGGCGCUGGAGACCACUGUGUUGGUUGAGUCCUACACGCUGCCAGACGGCCGCGUGAUCAAGGUGGGCGGUGAGCGCUUUGAAGCACCCGAGGCCCUAUUCCAACCACACCUCAUCAACGUGGAGGGUGUAGGCGUGGCCGAGCUGCUCUUCAACACCAUCCAGGCGGCCGACAUUGACACCAGGCCCGAGUUCUACAAACACAUCGUGCUGUCAGGGGGGUCCACCAUGUACCCUGGGCUCCCCUCACGACUGGAAAGGGAACUCAAGCAGCUGUACCUGGAGCGCGUGCUUAAGGGGGAUGUGGACAAGCUAUCGAAAUUCAAGAUCCGCAUCGAGGACCCUCCCAGGCGAAAGCACAUGGUAUUCCUGGGUGGGGCGGUACUGGCUGACAUCAUGAAGGACAAGGACAACUUCUGGCUCACCCGCGAGGAGUACCAGGAGAAGGGGGUGCGCGUUCUGCAAAAGCUGGGUGUCACCGUCAGAUAA